GGCGCAUGUGUCCGCCCUGUGACGAUACUGUGGAAGUUAACUCGGUUAUUAGGUUAUAUUAACAAUUAUAUGUCCAGAAAUGUUGUGUUAGUGUGAAUCAGUUAUAACUGAAAAAUAGUAUUCGCAUAUAGGGUAGAGUGAUUAAAAGCAGUGGCGGGAAACCGCUGUGAUCUUAGGUGACGUGUUGUGUGCUAUGUGAGCGUAGAUCGAAUAGAGCUGUCUGCCCUAGAGAGCGACCGACAUGCUGGCUUCGUCGUGAAUCGAUACUUUUGGAACGUUGUAGAGCUCAAACCAUGGGGUCAAAUGUCUAACACAGGACUGAGAAUGGAAAAUGACAAGAGCAUACAAUGAUAUGUCCAGACCUCAAGCGAUGACCCUGGGCGCCGGAGGUCGCGAGCCGUCCGCGGUAUCUAAGCGUCGCCGGCCGUCCUUACUACCUCAUCUCACGAUAUAUUUCACGCUUAUUAGGUUAUAUCUAUUCUCUCUGCGAGUGAUAAUCUCUCAUAAUGAAUCAUUCUCGCACAACAUAAACUAUAAUUUUCCAAAACAUCCCCUAGUGAAAUUAAAAGUGGCUGUGAAUUUAGUUUUACGAACUAGGAAAUAUUUAAGAGUUAAGGCGUUGUUAGUGAGUGUUUUAGUGCAAGUAUUCCUUGUUGCCAAGUGUUUACAAGUGAGGCGGGAUAAGUGGCACGGGUGGGCUCUACUGUUGUUAUUGUUCAGCUACUGUUGUAAACAUUGUGAAGCGAAACGUGACGAUGAUUUACAUAUAGGCGGUAUUUUUCCUAUGGAGGGUGAAGGGGGCUGGCAAGGGGGACAAGCCUGUAUGCCAGCUGCAGAAUUAGCUUUAGCUGACGUGAACGCGAGAUCGGAUUUACUCUCUGGUUUUAAAUUACUACUUCACAGCAAUGACAGUAAGUGUGAACCGGGUCUUGGAGCCAGUGUGAUGUACAACUUGCUGUACAAUCCUCCACAAAAGCUGUUACUUCUUGCGGGUUGCUCUACUGUGUGCACUACCGUGGCAGAGGCUGCUAAGAUGUGGAAUCUAAUGGUGCUUUGCUACGGUGCAUCAUCUCCUGCUUUAUCGGACCGUGCCCGCUUCCCCACCUUAUUCCGGACUCAUCCAUCAGCUACUGUACAUAAUCCAACGCGCAUCAAACUGAUGCAGAAAUUCGGAUGGUCUCGGAUCGCUAUUCUUCAACAAGCUGAAGAAGUAUUUAUAUCAACAGUUGAAGAUCUUGAAGCUCAUUGCAAGAAGUCAGGAAUUGAGAUAGUGACAAGGCAGUCAUUUCUAUCUGACCCCAGCGAUGCGGUCCGCAACCUGCGACGACAAGACGCUCGAGUCAUUGUCGGAUUAUUCUACGUGGUGGCGGCCAGAAGAGUCCUGUGCGAGGUUUAUAAGCACAAGCUGUAUGGGAAAUCUUAUGUCUGGUUUUUUAUAGGUUGGUAUGAAGACAACUGGUUUGAAACAAAUUUGGAUCGAGAGGGUAUUGAUUGCACGGCGGAACAAAUGAGGGAAGCCGCUGAAGGUCAUUUGACAACAGAGGCUCUCAUGUGGAAUCAGAACUCUAAUCAGACAACCAUAUCAGGGAUGACAUCAGAAGAUUUCAGGUCUCGUCUGAACGAAGCGUUGCGUGAAGCUGGUUAUGACAUCGAUCGUGAAAAAUUUCCUGAGGGAUAUCAAGAAGCCCCUUUAGCUUAUGACGCUGUUUGGGCCGUCGCUCUCGCGUUCAAUAAAACUAUGGAAAAACUGCAAAAAAGUGGAUUGAGCUUGAAAAAUUUCACAUAUACCAAUAAAAAGAUAGCGGACGACAUAUAUGAAGCUAUAAACUCCACUUCAUUUCUAGGAGUGUCGGGUUUGGUGGCGUUCUCAUCGCAGGGCGAUCGAAUAGCGCUGACUCAGAUAGAACAGCUGUCUGACAACCAUUACGUGAAAUUAGGGUAUUACGACACCCAGGCUGAUAAUCUUACAUGGUUGGAGCGCGAAAGAUGGGUGGGUGGCAAAGUACCCCCCGACAGAACCGUGGUGGUGAAUGAGCUUCGGACGGUAGCUCUUCCACUCUUCGCAUGUAUGACUGCCCUCUGCAUAGCUGGUAUGCUGGCAGCUGUCGCUCUUAUAAUCUUCAAUAUUCUACACAGGCAUAGAAGGGUGAUUCAAUGGUCUCAUCCCGCUUGCAACACAGUGAUGCUGUGCGGGUGCUGCGUAUGUUUUAGUGCUGCUAUUGCUCUGGGGGUGGAUGGAAGAUGGAUAGAACCUGAACAUUUUACUGGCCUGUGUGCGGCACGCGCUUGGCUGUUAGCUAUUGGGUUCUCAAUGGCUUAUGGCGCUAUGUUUACUAAAGUGUGGCGAGUGCACAGACAUACUACUAAGCCGAAAACUGAAUCAAAGAAACGCAUGCACGGUUGGAAGCUGUACACGAUGGUUGGAGGUCUUCUGAUAGUGGACGUGGCAAUACUAACGGCUUGGCAGAUCCGAGAUCCUCUACAAAGAAGGGUGGAGAUAUUUCCUCUGGAAGCACCACGGCACCACGAUGACGAUGUUCAUAUAAGACCAGAGCUGGAGCAUUGUGAAAGCGAACACAACGCUGUAUGGCUUGGUGUCAUGUAUGGCUACAAAGGGCUCGUGCUCGUUUUCGGAUUGUUCCUUGCGUAUGAGACUCGCUCGGUCAAGAUCCGGUCUAUCAAUGAUUCCCGCUACGUCGGCAUGAGUAUCUAUAACGUAGUGGUUCUCUGUCUCAUCACAGCGCCAGUUACGCUGGUCAUUGCGAGCCAACAAGAUGCCGCAUUCGCUUUCGUUUCUCUGGCUAUAGUGUUCUGCUGCUUUCUAAGCAUGGCACUCAUAUUCAUACCAAAAGUAAUAGAAAUAAUACGUCAUCCAACGGAGCGUAUGGAAUGCAGCAGAGGAUCAGGUUCUGGCUCAGCUCCGGCUGAUGAAGAACGUUACCGGGAACUAGUCAAGGAAAAUGAGGAAUUGCAAAAAUUAAUCGCACAGAAAGAAGAAAGAAUACGUAUUUUGAAACAGAAGUUAGCAGAGCGAGAGGCAGCAGCGACGGACGGGGUGACCCAAGGUACGGGUCCAAGCGCAGUGAUAGCGGACUUAGCAACCGCAACAUCUGACUAUGGCACUUCAACGAAUUACACACGCUCCUCACGAGCCUCUGUUUCCGACUUAGACUUUUCUGAGAGCUAUCUGUAAACAAUAUUGAUUAAAGUAACACUUAGUUACAGAGUGUUUCUUCUAUCAAAAGUCAAUUCAAUUUAGCUAUAUUCUGUGUGAAUCCUAAAACUUAACUAUUUUUCUGGCGCCUUACAAAAAUGCAAAGAUGUUACUCAUAAUAGAAUCAAUUUAAUUUUGAGAUUCAAACAAGUUUUAUGGAGAUUUAAGAGUCUGUAUUGAAUUGGUAUCGGAAUAUUACUGUUGUUAAGUAAAGCUUUAAUUUUUCUCGUUCAUGACUCCGUUAUAUUCUAUUUUCAAUAAUUUUUGAUUUAAAUAUACACUCAAUGCAAAUAAAAUUCGGUUCUAAAUUAUCAUUAUUCAACAAAAUAGUCAUAACAUUUAUACUAAUUAGCUCUUUUGAUCAAAGUUAUUAUUUACUCGAAGAAAUUGGCUUAAAAUUAUAAGUGCAAGAUUUUUGAAUCAAGUAAAGGUUUUAAUUCGAUUUUCAACAUUGGAAUAGUGAGAUUGUUUUUUUGGAAUUAAAUUUUAGAAAUUAUCAUUUAAAAGUAAAAGAAAAUUGGUUUGUAUUGUAAUAGAAAGUAAUAAAAACAGAUAGCACUUUGCCAUCUUUAUUAACAAUGUUUUGAUAUUUGCAUAACUUUAAACAGGUAAGUAAGCAGUUUUGUUUCUUUUAUUUUUAUGCUGGCAACCUUACACUGACACAAAAAAUGUUUGUAAUCCCUGAUAAAUGUUGUAUCGUGGAUUUACAUUCUAUUUUAUAACACCAUCCAGAGUAAUCAUAACACACAAUAUCUCCUAAAGUCACCAAAUAAUAAUCUGUGAAAUCCUCUUUUCUUAAAUCUAAAUCUAUACUUUUCUAGACUGAAUUAGCUGUACUUUGUAAUAUACCUUAAAACUACGUAGAUUUACUAAAUUAAUACUUUCGAUUGUUAGAAUCACGUCAUAUAAGAUUCGGAUAAAUCGCUGGACGAUAUAAUAUUAUAUAAAUUAAACUGUAGUCUAUUUAUUACAACGACUCAAUGUGUAAUAUAUGGUACAAUAUGUUUCGUAGAUAUUGUUGCAUUAAUAUGAGCACUUUUGUCGAGUUUCACAUGUUACUAGAAUAAUUGGCACAAAAUUUUAUUCUUAAAUAGAUUUUAACUUUAACUCAACAAUCUGGAAAUGUUAAGUAUUGUUAGAAUAUAAAUUUUAUGGUUAAUAAAUGUUCAAGGAAUUUUAUAAAUUAGUUAAUUCAUACCGCCUUAUUAUUUUUUAAUUCAUGCAGUCAA